GUUGUUAGGGUGAUGAGGCCAGGUGACCCGCCCGGCUCGGGGCGCGGGCGCUGGCUGUGGCGAUUGCCCGCGCCGCCUCGAGGGGGCCCUGCCGCGGGCGCCGGCAGCCAGCCAGGAGGACGGGCCCGCCCGCGCGCUACUCCGAGCCCAGCCUAGCUGCGGCCAUCGCCCCGCCGGACCGCGCCGCGGGCUCUCCCAGGAGAGUCCGGGCUCUGCUCCAGGCACUGGGAUUAUUUCUCACUGGAGGAUUCAGGAAUCUGCGCUCUCCCCAUCACCCUGGAACACAGCUGCAGUGUGUAGCAUUUCACUCACUUGAAGCCACACGAUAAAAGGCACAGGCCCACAUCUGGCUGUGCAGGGCAGGCGAGCAGGCCCUGCGGCACACUGGGCCAUUAGCGGGGGGCAUCUGCGUCUAGGCCUGUGCGCAUUCCUCCCUGGAGCGCCGGGCUGGCUCUGCAAACAAAGGAGCCUGGUCCUGGCAUUCUUCUCCACCUUGUAAUCCAUCACCUUUCUUCGAGGUGUCCCUGGGCGCCUACCCCUUUCAUCACUGGCCGUUUGGGAGUUAGAUCAAAGCCAGAAGAAUUAUCCUCGAGUCUGCACACUUUUAAGAACAAGGCCUUCAAAAAAAAAUCCAAAGUGUGUGGAGUUUGCAAACAGAUUAUUGAUGGUCAAGGCAUUUCAUGCCGAGCCUGCAAGUUUUCCUGCCACAAGAAAUGUGAAGCCAAGGUGGUGAUUCCCUGCUGUGUACAAGUCCCUCUGGAACAGGUUCCAGGGAGUUCCACGCUGUCCACUUCUCUCUGCCGUGAUAAACCUGUGGGGCCCGUCGUCCUGAGCCCCACCAUGGAGGAGGACCGCGGGCUGGACCUCACCUACAUCACCGAGCGCAUCAUCGCGGUGUCCUUCCCCGCCGGCUGCUCCGAGGAGUCCUACCUGCACAGCCUGCAGGAGGUCACGCGCAUGCUCAAGUCCAAGCACGGGGACAACUACCUGGUAUUAAACCUUUCAGAAAAGAGAUACGACCUCACGAAGCUUAACCCAAAGAUCAUGGAUGUGGGCUGGCCGGAGCUCCACGCACCGCCCCUGGAUAAGAUGUGUACCAUAUGCAAGGCACAGGAGUCCUGGCUGAACAGCGACCCCCAGCACGUGGUUGUCAUUCACUGCAGGGGCGGGAAAGGACGCAUAGGAGUGGUCAUAUCAUCCUACAUGCACUUCACCAACGUCUCGGCCAGCGCUGACCAGGCCCUUGACAGGUUUGCAAUGAAGAAGUUUUAUGACGACAAAGUUUCAGCUUUAAUGCAGCCUUCUCAGAAACGGUACGUUCAGUUCCUCAGUGGGCUCCUGUCUGGAUCGGUGAAAAUGAAUGCCUCUCCCCUGUUCCUGCAUUUUGUCAUCCUACACGGCACCCCCAACUUUGACACAGGUGGAGUGUGCCGGCCCUUUCUGAAGCUCUACCAAGCCAUGCAGCCCGUGUACACCUCCGGGAUCUACAACGUUGGCCCGGAAAACCCCAGCAGGAUCUGCAUUGUCAUCGAGCCGGCCCAGCUUCUGAAGGGGGACGUCAUGGUGAAAUGCUACCACAAGAAAUACCGCUCGGCCACCCGUGACGUCAUUUUCCGCCUACAGUUUCACACUGGGGCUGUGCAGGGCUACGGGCUGGCGUUUGGGAAGGAGGACCUGGACAAUGCCAGCAAAGAUGACCGUUUUCCCGACUAUGGGAAGGUUGAGUUAGUCUUCUCUGCCACUCCUGAGAAGAUUCAAGGGUCUGAACACUUGUACAACGACCACGGAGUGAUUGUGGACUACAACACAGCAGACCCGCUGAUACGCUGGGACUCGUACGCGAACCUCAGUGCGGAUGGAGAAGUGCUACACACGCAGGGCCCUGUUGAUGGCAGCCUUUACGCGAAGGUGAGGAAGAAAAGCUCCUCGGAUCCUGGCAUCCCAGGGGGCCCCCAGGCCGUCCCGGCCACCAGCAGCCCAGACCACAGUGACCACACCUUGUCUGUCAGCAGCGACUCUGGCCACUCCACAGCCUCUGCCAGGACUGAUAAGACGGAAGAGCGCCUGGCUCCGGGAACCAAGAGGGGCCUGAGCGCCCAGGAGAAGGCCGAGUUGGACCAGCUGCUCAGUGGCUUUGGCCUGGAAGAAUCUGGAAGCUCCCUGAAGGAAAUGACUGAUGCUCGAAGCAAGUACAGCGGGACCCGCCAUGUGGUGCCGGCUCAGGUCCACGUGAAUGGAGACGCUGCUCUGAAGGACCGGGAGACGGACAUUCUGGAUGACGAGAUGCCCCACCAUGACCUGCACAGUGUGGACAGCCUUGGGACCCUGUCCUCCUCCGAAGGGCCGCAGUCAGCCCACCUGGGCCCCUUCACCUGCCACAAGAGCAGCCAGAACUCACUCCUGUCUGAUGGUUUUGGCAGCAACAUUGGUGAAGACCCACAGGGCACCCUUGUUCCGGACCUGGGCCUUGGCAUGGAUGCCCCCUAUGAGCGGGAGCGAACUUUCGGGAGUCGAGAGCCCAAGCAGCCCCAGCCCCUGCUGAGGAAGCCUUCGGUGUCUCCCCAGAUGCAGGCCUAUGGGCAGAGCAGCUACUCCACACAGACCUGGGUACGCCAGCAGCAGAUGGUGGUGGCUCACCAGUAUAGCUUCGCCCCCGAUGGGGAGACCCGACUGGUGAGCCGAGGCCCUGCAGACAACCCUGGCCUUGUCCAGGCCCAGCCAAGAAUCCCACUCACCCCCACCCGAGGGACCAGCAGCAGGGUGGCUGUCCAGAGGGGUGUGGGCAGUGGGCCACAUCCCCCCGACACACAGCAGCCCUCUCCCAGCAAAGCGUUCAAACCCAGGUUUCCAGGCGACCAAGUUGUGAAUGGAGCCGGCUCAGAGCUGAGCACAGGCCCCUCUCCAGGCUCGCCCACCCUGGACAUCGACCAGUCCAUCGAGCAGCUCAACAGGCUGAUCCUGGAGCUGGAUCCUACCUUUGAGCCCAUCCCUACCCACAUGAACGCCCUCGGUAGCCAGGCCAAUGGCUCUGCGUCUCCGGACAGCAUGGGAGGCGGGCUCCGGCCAAGCAGCAGGCUACCUGACACAGCAGAGGGCACCAGCAGGACCUCCGGGCGUCAAGGCUCCUCAGCUGACCAGCCCCUGGGCGGAAGACUCAGGAAGCUGAGCCUAGGGCAGUAUGACAAUGACGCUGGAGGACAGCUGGCCUUCUCCAAAUGUGCAUGGGGCAAGGCUGGCGUGGACCAUGCCCCGAACCUGCCACCAUUCCCAUCGCCAGCGGGCGUCAAAGAGACGAUGACCCCUGGCUAUCCCCCAGACCUCGAUAUGAUUGAUGGCAGGAUUGUAAGUGGCAAGGAGGCCAUGUGUUCAACUCCAGCAUUUCCUGUGUCUCCAGAAACACCGUACGUGAAAACAGCUCCGCGCUAUCCUCCGUUCAGCCCACCCGAGCCCCUGCUGAGCAGCCCCGCCAGUCAGCACAAAGGAGGACGUGAACCACGAGGCUGCCCUGAGACGCUCAGUCACGCUGUGGGGAUGUCAGAGAGCCCCAUCGGACCCAAAUCCACCAUGCUCCGGGCCGAUGCGCCCUCGACGCCCUCCUUUCAGCAGACUUUUGCUGCUUCCUGCAGCAUUUCCAGCAAUGGCCCUGGCCAGAGGAGAGAGAGCUCCUCUUCUGCUGAACGCCAGUGGGUGGAGAGCAGCCCCAAGCCCGCGGUGUCCCUGCUGGGGAGCUGCCGGCCCACCGGAAGUCCCCUCAACGCUGAGUUCUCCGGUGUCAGCAAGGACUCCCCAGUGCUGCCCUCCUUCCCACCGGCAGAGCUCCAGGCCUCCUUCCACAGCCAUGAGCUGUCCCUGGCACAGCCACCGGCCUCCCUGGCGCCCCCCAGCAGCCAGGCCUUCCUGGGCUUUGGCACUGCCCCAGUGGGAAGUGGCCUUCUCCCCGAGGAGGACCUGGGGACCUUGCUGGCCAAUUCUCACGGAGCAUCACCGGCCCCGGGCAUCCCGCUGACAGCGACAGGGGCUGACAAUGGCUUCCUGUCCCACAGCUUUCUCACGGUGGCGCCUGGACACAGCGGCCGCCACAGUCCAGGCCUGCAGGGCCAGAGCGUGACCCUACCCGGGCAGCCGCCCCUCCCUGAGAAGAAGCGGGCCUCGGAGGGGGAUCGUUCUUUAGGCUCAGUCUCCCCCUCCUCCAGUGGCUUCUCCAGCCCCCACAGCGGGAGCACCAUCAGCAUCCCGUUCCCAAAUGUCCUUCCGGACUUUACCAAGACUUCAGAAGUGGCCUCGCCUCUGCCAGAUAUUCCAGGUGAUAAACUUGUGAUCGUGAAAUUUGUUCAAGACACUUCCAAAUUCUGGUACAAGGCGGAUAUUUCAAGAGAACAAGCCAUUGCCAUGUUGAAGGACAAGGAGCCAGGCUCAUUCAUCGUUAGAGACAGUCAUUCCUUCCGAGGGGCCUAUGGCCUGGCCAUGAAGGUGGCCACGCCCCCACCUUCAGUCCUGCAGCUGAACAAGAAAGCUGGAGAUCUGGCCAAUGAACUCGUUCGGCACUUUUUGAUCGAGUGUACCCCGAAGGGAGUGCGGUUGAAAGGGUGCUCGAAUGAACCAUAUUUCGGGAGCCUGACGGCCUUGGUGUGCCAGCAUUCCAUCACGCCCUUGGCCUUGCCAUGCAAGCUGCUUAUCCCAGAGAGAGAUCCAUUGGAGGAAAUAGCAGAAAAUUCUCCACAAACAGCAGCCAAUUCAGCAGCUGAGCUGUUGAAGCAGGGGGCAGCCUGCAACGUGUGGUACUUGAACUCUGUGGAGAUGGAGUCCCUCACCGGCCACCAGGCGAUCCAGAAGGCCCUGAGCAUCACCCUGGUCCAGGAGCCACCCCCUGUGUCCACCGUCGUGCACUUCAAGGUGUCAGCCCAGGGCAUCACCCUGACAGACAAUCAGAGGAAGCUCUUCUUCCGGAGGCAUUACCCCGUCAACAGUGUGAUUUUCUGUGCCUUGGACCCACAAGACAGGAAGUGGAUCAAAGAUGGCCCUUCCUCAAAAGUCUUUGGAUUUGUGGCCCGGAAGCAGGGCAGUGCCACGGACAAUGUGUGCCACCUGUUUGCAGAGCAUGACCCUGAGCAACCUGCCAGUGCCAUUGUCAACUUCGUAUCAAAGGUCAUGAUCGGCUCCCCAAAGAAGGUCUGAAAGCCCCCCCUCACACCCAGACCCACCAAUGCCUCUCGAAGCCCUGGAGACAGCCGUGGGGUGAGGGUGGGGGCCCCACUUUCUACCAAACUGAUGAACCAGACAUUCCAGGCCCAUGAAGGGAAAGAGGAUCUUCCAGCUCUACAAAAACAAGAACAAACAUCACCAUGAAUUGGUCUUUCCUGAAAGUGACUUACCUGAUACAUCUCUGUAGCCACACGCUUUUUGGGUAGAAGAAGCUUGGCACGGGUGUACCACCCCCCAGGGUCCCCGUGGGAAAGGUAUCUGCAAGGAAACAGCCCAGAACACGAGGUGGUCCCCACGUCCCUGGCACACCAGCAUUCCAGGGGAUGAGGAGUCCCAAGCCCUUGAGGCAGAGGUGCUGAGAGACUGCCCUCCUUGCCCAUCGGCAUGGGCACUCCUGCCCAGCUGCACCGGAGGCCGGGGGUCUUCCUCACCUUGUCUUUCUAAGACGGAGAUGCUAAUGAAACUGAGAAGUGGGGGUGUAUGUUUGAUGAAGGUUUGUGCAAGUCAGGCUCUUCUGGAACAUCGGGGGGCCUACAACGAGGGGCCUUUGCGAUGACGGGCUGUGAGGAUGGGGUGGGGGGAGGAAUUGGCCACUCCGCCACGGUGAGCGCCCCGAGCCUCCUGCUCACUUGUGGUGAGCUGGGUGAGCUGGGCUGGGGAGAGCUUGUGAGGACCCUGAGAGGAGAAGCGAGAAGGAAACAAAAAUGCCAUUUCUAUAUAAUUUAUAUUUUACUUAUGCCAAAUUAUUUAUGAUGAUUAGCCAUUGCUAUGCUGUACCAGUGUCAAAUGCUGCAGCCUGCCAAGCUGUGAUUUUUACGAGGCUUGUCCCCAUAUAGGACACACGGCAGGCCCCUGGCCACCGAAAUAGUGUGCAGCGGACUUCAGGCACUGCUGUAAGUCCGCCACGUGCCGUGCCACCCAAAGGUGGCUUUGCCUCAAGCAGCCUUUCUUCGAUUGUGGAUGACUUCCUUUCUGAUGGGGAGAGUCCAGAAGGGAUGGAAAAUGCCUGGAUUUAAGCUCAGCAUCCCCCACACGGGCUUUUUGACCAUUUUCAGGCCUAAAAUGGUCUUUAGGCUGCACGUCCUAAAGUCCCUGUCUUUUUUAUCAGCCCUCCUCGUGCUGCUCCUUGCCACCCUGGGCUUCCUGUUGGGGACCCUAUGUGCUUGUGGCAUGUGUGAGCAGAAGGGAGGGUGAGGAGAAAGAGAAGGAACCCUGGUACUGACAAGCUGUUUUUGAGUGCCACUGUUCGGCAUCAUCCAAGCUACUGAAUCAGCUGUAUUUUGGGCUUAUUUCAACAUGCCAGUGCCAUGGUUUUCUUGCUUGAAUCUGUCCAUGAUCAAGGGUUUGGGAGAAUUCGGGACCCUGGAACAUCCCCAGAGUGAGAGAGAAGACUGGGCCAUGUCGGAAUAAAGCCUUGGCCUGCUCCUCUCACAGCCCAGGUGCUCUGCAGGCACGCUGACUGUCCCGAUUGCGAUCCAGCCUGAAAUUCCCUCUCCUCUGCCUUCAAAAGUCAAAUCCCCACUCUUAGGCCAUGCUGGUGUCACAGGCUCCUGUCAGGGAGCUGGGGUUUGGGAAUGUGCUUUGUGAACUCUGCUUUAAAGUGAGGGGCCGAAGAGAACUUAGCAACAGGCAGAGUUGGAAGCAGCCAAAUCACAGAAGGUGUUGUGUGCAUGUGUGUGCGUGUGUGUGCAUGUGUGCGCCUGUGUGUGUGCG